CGGACCGGACCGCGGCAUGGAGGGCGCGUUCGCGCAGCACAACGCCAGCGGAACACACGACUGGACCCGGGUUGGGAGCGCGCUGCCGUGGAUCCACGUCAUCGCCGCGCUCGUCAGCGCUCUGGGCUCCGCUUCCGUCAUCACCCGUGUGACGUCACAGCGUGUGGGCGGGGCCACGUCCGAGGUAAGCGUCCGGGUCGGAGCGGUGAGCCGCCGCCGCCGUGACCUGUGCGGUGUCGUUGCAGGUGCGAGCGCUCUUCCUGCUGGCCGCAUCCGACCUGCUGCUCGCCCUCUGCGGACUGCUCGGGGGCGCGAUGCUCGUGCGCCGCGCCGGCGCCCUCGCCUGGUACCGCCUGCACGCCGCGCGACAGGUCGUGUGUAUCGCGUCCUUCUUCUACACGCUCAACUACGUGUGGAACGUGUACGCUCGGCUGCGUCUCAACCUUUGGUGCGUCCCUCACCCGCUUUCUGCGCAGUACGCGAUGCCAAGUGGCAAGAUGACCGCACUGCUUUCUGGCGUGGCUCCGCCUCUCCUGAUGGCGCCCGUCUUCAUCGGAGGAAGCGUCGGCGGCUGCGUCGCCGACUGCGGCGCCCCCUACAGAUGUCUGCUGACGCCCGUCGGCGCGCCUCCUGUCGCCGCCGGGCGACCGAUCGCGGCCUGCCGGCCGUUGCGCAUCUACGGCGGCGCCGUCUUCCUCGCCGCCUUCUUGCUCACGCUCGUCGGCAUGUUGCGGCGUGCCUGGUGGCCGUGCGCGCGACGACGUCAUCGACGGACGUCGGCGGCGCGUCCGUGGUCGUCUUGUACGUCGCGCAGGUGGGUUGCCUUCGCGCGACUUUUGGUGUGAGCGCUCGGGUCAAGGGUCACCUGUACGUACGUGCGCACGGCAGGCCGUCACGUCGGCGUCGCCGGGCGUCCUCCGCUUCGCCGCGCUGGCGUGCGCGCGCGGCCCACCGGGACGGAUUCCGGCGCGGCGCGACGCCGACGCGCAGACGCCGCUGCUGCGAGCGCAGAAGACGAGCGCGAGGAGCUACCGAACUUGAGGACCGCGCCCCGCCCGUCCGACGACACCCGCGAGAACGAGGAAAGAGGCCGGCACGGCGACGAAAGGAAGUUUGCAAGCUCGCCAUUCCUCUCUCGUGACAAAUGAGACGUUUUCAGGCACGAAUCCAUUCCAACGAAUCUUCCGCUUUCCGCAAGAUUCGGCUCCGCUGCGCUCCAGUAUGAUCGCCGCUGUUACUGCGAGUGACAGGGGUGUGAAGACUUUCUCCAACCUAAUCUUUUCAUUUUACUCAACUCACUAAAACAAUCUAUCAGUGUAGCUGAAGCUAUCCGAAGCAACAAUCCAUUGCUUUUUAUACAUUCUGUGGCGGGCCGCCAAUGGCCCCCGGGUCGUCACUUGGACAUCCGCUGCGGUGAUUGUGUCGCUCAUGUGUCACGUGACGAAUAAAGUGAAAGUGCUUUGUCAUUUCAAACACUGAAUGCGUGUGGCUUUAUGUGGAGCACACAAACUGACCUCGAUUUGCUUGCGACGCGUUGAAAAAGGGCGCUGACCCGCACAACGCCCGGACGCGACCUCACUA